GUAGUUCUUGCACCACAGCAUUUACAUUUCCUCUGUAUUGUCUCUUCUCCUUCCUUCUUUUCUUUGCUUAAUUUGUCUCUGCUAAGUUUUCAUCAUGGCGGUUCUCUCAACUCCCCUUGGUCCUCCUGUUUGCGCUCAAGACGCAAAGGCGCUUCAGUUCAUUGAAGAAAUGACAACAAAUUGUGAUGCCGUUCAGGGCAGAGUUUUGGCUGAGAUACUCGGCCGAAACGCUGACACUGAGUACCUACGCCGCUUUCGACUUGAAGGUGCAACAGACAGAGACACCUUCAAGUCGAGAGUUCCUGUUGUUACUUACGAGGAUCUUCAGCCUGUGAUCCAACGUAUUGCCAAUGGUGACCGCUCUCCUAUACUGUCUUCUCAUCCUAUCUCUGAGUUCCUCACUAGUUCAGGGACAUCGGCUGGCGAAAGAAAACUGAUGCCAACCAUUCAUGAAGAGCUCGAUCGUCGCCAGAAAUUAUACAGUCUUCUCAUGCCGGUCAUGAACCUAUACGUGCCAGGACUGGACAGAGGGAAGGGCUUGUACUUUCUCUUCAUUAAAGCAGAAACAAGGACCCCAAGUGGGCUGGUGGCACGGCCAGUGCUCACAAGCUACUACAAGAGCGAACACUUCAAAACAAGACCAUAUGACCCUUACAAUGUUUACACCAGUCCCAAUGAGGCCAUUCUUUGCCCCGACUCUUUCCAGAGCAUGUACACACAGAUGCUCUGUGGCCUCAUCAUGCGCGAAGAAGUUCUUCGAGUAGGUGCGGUCUUCGCUUCUGGCCUUCUCAGGGCCAUCAGUUUCCUUCAACAGAAUUAUAAGGAGCUUGCCCUCGACAUCUCUUCAGGAACCUUAAACCCUAAGGUCACAGAUCCUUCAAUCAGAGACCGAAUGGGGAAAAUCCUGCAGCCAAACCCACAACUCGCUGAGUUCAUCACCAAAGAGUGCUCAAAGGAAAACUGGGAACGCAUUAUCACCAGAAUCUGGCCUAACACUAAGUAUCUUGAUGUGAUUGUCACGGGAACCAUGGCUCAGUACAUUUCCAUACUUGAAUAUUAUGGGGGUGGUUUGCCAAUGGCUUGCACUAUGUAUGCUUCCUCUGAGUGCUACUUUGGGUUAAAUCUUAACCCAAUGUGUAAACCCUCUGAUGUUUCUUACACUAUUAUGCCAAACAUGGCUUAUUUCGAGUUUAUGCCACAUGAACCUGACUGCGCAGCUGCUCCUUCUCGUGACUCACCUCCUCGACUCGUUGAUCUUGCCGAAGUUCAAGUGGGUAAAGAAUACGAGCUAGUGAUCACAACGUAUGCAGGCUUGUGCAGAUACCGUGUUGGCGACAUUCUCAAAGUGACAGGCUUCUACAACUCUGCCCCGCAAUUUCGUUUCAUCAGGAGAAAGAACGUGCUCUUGAGCAUUGACUCGGAUAAAACAGACGAGGCUGAGCUGCAAAACGCCAUUGAAAAUGCUUCAUCACUUCUGAAGGAAUUCAACACUAGCGUUGUUGAAUACACAAGUUUUGCUGACACAACUUCCAUCCCUGGUCACUACGUGAUUUACUGGGAGUUACUCGUUAAGGAUCCAGCUAACUCACCGAGUGAUGAAGUGUUGAACAAAUGCUGCCUAGCAAUGGAGGAAAAAUUAAACUCGGUGUAUCGACAAGGCCGAGUUGCAGACCAUUCAAUUGGACCGCUUGAGAUCAGAAUAGUAAAAAAUGGCACAUUUGAGGAGUUGAUGGACUAUGCAAUUUCAAGAGGUGCAUCGAUUAACCAAUACAAGGUGCCAAGGUGUGUAAGCUUCACCCCCAUCAUGGAGCUCCUCGACUCAAGAGUAAUCUCAGUGCAUUACAGCCCAGCUGAGCCUCACUGGACCCCGGAGCGACGUCAAAAUUAACUUCAAGUCGAAAAUAAGGAAUAAAGUUACGUUUAAAUUAGCAUUUGUUUGUUUUAUUUUAGCUUUUAAAAAGUGUCUUUUGGUGCCUUUUGAAUUUUCCAAAGGGUUCGAGUUUGUGAAAUAAGUUCGUAUGAUCCCUCUGUUGGCAUGAUGUGAUUGUCAAAGCGUGUCUCCUUUCCUGGCAUCUUUCUGUGUUUUUGCUUUCUUUUCUUUUAACUUUCCUAAAAGUUCACAUGCGGUAGCAAUGUUUCAAAAACUCGCUGAUGCCAUAAAUAAAAUAAAAUAAAUUUAUAUUA